AAAUGUUCUCUUUGCAUGAAUGUUAUUGUAUACGCAUUUGGUAAGCCUUUAUAGCUCAUGUAAGUUAUGUUGCUCAUGGAGUUGCACGCUGAGUUCACGAAAGUCUUGCAGGAUCUGAUAGCAAGCAAGAAAAUUGCGUGACUGGUGAGAAAUCGAACAUCAAAUUUUAUCAUACAAUCUGCAAAAGUCAAGAUAAGAGGCAAUGACGGAUACAAUAGCGGUGGAUCUGGUGGUGGUAGAUUCAGAGGUGGAGGAAACAAUGGAGGUAAUGAUGGUGUUGGAGGUGGAAGAGGGAGUUAUGCUGGUGGUUGGAGUAGGAAUGGAGGAUCACAUGGAUCAAGAGGAAGUGAUUAUGGUGUUGGUGGGAGAAGGGGUGGUUGAAGUGAUGCUGGAAGAAGCAGUGGAAGUGGUGGUGAUGGAAGUGGAGGAAGUUGUAGUGGCAAUGGUGAUAGUGGAGGAAGCGGUGGAGGUGGAAGUGGAAAUGGUGGUGGAAGGGGUGGAGGUGGUUAUGGUGACUGUGGAAGAAGAGGAAGCAAUGGUGAUAGUGGUGGUUGAAACAGAGAUGGUUAUGGUGGUUGUGGAAAUGGGGGAACCUGUGGUGGUGGAAGUGGAAGCGGAGGUGGUUGUGGUGGAGGUGGAAACAGAGGAUGGGUACUAGAUCUAGAAGUGGUUGAGGAACAUGUGGAGGAUAUUGAAGAGUUGGUAAUGGAGGUUAUAUCAAUGAGAAUAAAGGAAAACAAGAUGGUUGACUAUGUGGAACCAAAGUUCAAGCAUUGAUAUCUUGAAAUUGGUUCUUUACUGAAUGUAAAUGUGCUUUGGACGCAUUACAGUAAUAAAAUGCUUAGUUUAA